UCAAUAAUUCAAAAUUUGGCGGUUCUUUCUCUAACCUAUAAAGCACCUAACCUAAAAAAAAGUAUGAAAAUUUGUGAUUUCCACAAUGGGUAGCGAAAUAACUAAUGUAAAAUCAUUUUUCUCAUCCAUUCAAGUGCAAUUAUCCGAUGUUUGGCUUGAGAGUUGUGUAAAUUGGUGUAAAGAGGAAAUUUUAAGCCCCCAUUACACCCUUAAAGAACUUGAAUCAAAAGUAUACGAACAAUGGUUACUUCUCGAUCUUCGUGACGUUCCCAUUUCAGUCUUACCUCCGAAUCUCUCAACCAAACUCAAGUUUACUUUAGACGGCAAUUUUUGUGUUCAAAUGAUGCAAAUCGUCGAUAUCUCCAAACCCAAACUGUGGCAAUUACAGAAAAUUCGAAAUAGUAAUGCUUUAACUCGGAGUACUGAGCAAGAUGUUGAUGUAGUCGGAACAGGCAAAAGACUCGUUCAAAUGACAUUAACAGAUGGAAUUCAAGAAGUUGAAGCGAUCGAAUACAAACCAAUCAAUAGUAUAGGUUUAAAUCUCGCUCCAGGUACUAAAAUUCGAAUUAUGGGACCUGUGGUCUUACGACGGGGUCGUUUAAUGUUGGAAGAAAAGAACGUAAAAGUGUUGGGAGGUGAAGUUGAAGAGCUUUCGGUGAGUCAUGUUGCAGAAAAUGUCUUGGCAAGAUUCUUAAAAUUGCCUGAGAAUUCGACUCCAAAAGCUAUUGAAGAAAAAACUCUGAGGGUUGAGAGGGAGGAGAAGAAUGAAGGAUACGUGUGUAAUUUUACUGAAAAUAGAGAAAAAAACAGAAAUUUAAGUGAGAAUGAGGAAAUGGCCAAAGAGAUUGAUAUGUUGAUGGAGGUAGAAGCCGAAUUGAAUGAAAUUGGUGAUUUUGAUUUGAAUCAAAAAAAUUCUUUGGACGAUGAUAAUAAUGAUGUCUUUACAACUUUAGAUAUCGACGCUCAUUUAGAUCAGAUUGAUUCGAUUUUUCAAACUACUUGUGAGACAAUUCCAAUUUCGAAACUUUUAGAAAACCAAAACAAUGAUACGAUGGCUACUUUUAAAAUAAAGGCAAAGUUCAAAUCAGUUAUAGAAAAGUUGACAAUUGUUGAAGAUGAAUACAAGUUGGUUAUUGAAGUUGAAGAUGCUUCUGGGACGCUAAAGGUGCGUCUACACAACGACGUAAUUGUAAAAUUUGCCGAAUGUUCACCCAAUGAAUUAACAAGUUUAAAAAAUAAUAUAUUAAGUAAAGAAGAUGCAGCUGUUGAAAAAAUGAUGCAAGUGAUUAUGAAAAUCAAAAAUAAAUUAGUCGAGCUCGACGACAUAAUGAGCGUUCAAUUGGAAAAAAACCGUAUCCCCCUUGUAACAAAAAUUUCAUAAUAAUUGUUCCAAUAAAAUUUGAAACUUUUUUGUGUUUAUUUUGCAAAAAAACAGUA